CCAGAAAUUUCUCGACCGAGUCACGCCUUUGAGCCCCUCUUUGAAGAUAAAUGAAUGCUGCGCAGUGACAGAUAGCCGAGAUGUACAGGCAGAACGAGAUCCAUUACACUCGGAAGCCACGUUCACAUGCAGGCGUGCAACCGGAGGUCUGAUUCGCAAACUUGGUCACUGGUCCAUAUCGAAAGAGGGAAAGGCCCUCCGAUACAUCAGGCAUCAGUCCACACUAACAUCCCCCUACCCUCUGUUAGUUUGAAGUACCAUUUUCCCAGGUCGGGUGACCAUGGCGUAUGCCGAGCGGCAUUACCAUCACCACUGACAAUGGAUCGGGUUGGAGUAUCACCAUCCGACCUCAGGUGCUACCGCUGCCUCCGUAGCCUUGAGUCUUAUGCUUCUUGGUAUCAAUGCCUGGACUGCGAACAAGUUCGUUUAUGCUUAAGUUGUGGAGUUGCGGGUCUCCACCCACCACCUGCUGUCCACGAUGUCUGCCAUCCAAUGCUUUAUUUCAGGCGCCAACUAGGCUCAGCUCCCACCAUCCCAUGGAGCGUUACGCGCACGAGUGACAUCGCGGUUAUCGAUCUAAUCAGGGGUCGGGCCCUUCGACGGAAGCCACAGCAUGAUGAUGUCAUUUGUAACUCUUGCCGCAAACCCGUCAGAGGGCCAAGGUAUAAGUGUAUACAGUGCAGUGAUUUCGAUUUGUGCAAUACAUGCAUGGUGUCCCAGGGCUAUGUUCACUCUCGUUCACAUCGAUUUAUUAUGUUUUUCGAGACGAACAGUAUCGUAGUUUUUCCCGGGGGUAUAGAUCCUUGUAGCAUAUUUCCAGUCCCGGAUAGAGCAUUCAGGCCGCCAAUCCGAGACAGUCCUCCGUCCAGAUCUUCUCACAGCGCCGCGCGAUGUAACUCGUGUGGCCGUCCAGAAAUCCAGGGGAUCCGAUAUAAAUGCUUGACGUGUCCAGAUUUCAACGCAUGUCGCGUGUGUUUUAGACGAGCGCGCACGACCCAUUCUGAUCAUUCGUUUGUGAGGGUAAAUUCCAAUUCUGACAUAAUCCAACCAAGUGACACUCCGACAACCGUCCAACAUGGCGUGUCGUGUCAUCAUUGUGGUGGCCGAGUAUGUGGAGCACGCUAUAUGUGCCUGUACCCCGCUUGCCGAAACAUCAAUUUCUGCGAGAGUUGUGAGGCAUUGCCAAGGCCACAUCGAGUCCAUCCCGCUUCGCAUCCUCUCGUGAAGUUCAGAGAGGAUUAUGUGUCCAUGACAACAAUUGGCCCACAAGAUGGGGACUCGGGGAUGCCUAGAUCCUAUUGGGAGGCCAUAUUUGAGUUUGCCCACACUUCGGGGCUCCCUCUGUUAGGACGUCUCAGGCAAGGUGCUCCCCAAAAUGCUUCUUUGAAUUUUCCUUCGACCGGCCCUUCAACUUCUUCCUCGGAACGAGAACCGAUCGGCCUGUACUGGGACGUCAGACCCCCGAGAGACCCCAGGAUGUUUCUUUGAGCCAUCCUUUAGCUGGGCGUCCGAAUGCCCCUCCGACGAUCGCUGAAGGACGUACCCAAUCUCUAUCAGGACCCUACAUCCAGGACAGUAGUAGUUCUUUGAUUCACCCCUUAGCGAUAGCUGAGAGGGCCAAUCGGCCUGUGUCACGACAUCAUGCCCAUGAUAUUCCCCAGGUCAUAUCGUCGAAUACUCCUCUGGCUCGUCCUUCAAAUCCCUCCCCGGAGACAACUAACAGGGUCAAUCAGCCUGUAUUAGGGAGUCGUAUCGAGGAUUCUUCCCAAA